AUGUUACUGCGAGGAAAGGAGAAAGAAGUAAGGCCCGCUUCACGGCGGCGCGGGCCGGGGGCCGCAUGGCCAGACCCGCCCCACGUGCCCAGGCCCACAAAGGCCUCCACCAAAAAGCCCGGCCGCCCGCAUCCCACCUCCUACCGCCAGCACACACACAUGCGGGUGGGCGGGGGCCGAGAGAGCGCGAUGGCGAUGGUGGCAUCUCUCUCCGGCAGGACUCCUCGGCCACUGGAUCGUGGCGCGCACCGCUCGAAGCGGAGACCGAGCGGAGAGGAGGCCCGCUCGGUGUGGAGGCCGAGCCGCGGAAAGCGCCUGGUCACCGCCAGCGGCCAGUCCUCCCGACCCACCGCAGCUCGCGUCCCGGCGCCCUCACGGCUUCCGCGGCAGGGGAGAGAGGAGAACUCUCCGCCCAGAGGUCUCGGUAAACCGCCUCCUCAUGGCCGCCUCCCGCCGCUGCCUGGACCCCCCAACACCCGCCCCCCACAAGUCUGGAUGUGUGGAGGAGAAAUGUUUGACGUUCCAUGUUCCAGGGUCGGUCAUAUCUACAGGAAGUACGUCCCUUAUAAAGUUCCAUCUGGGACCAGCCUGGCGAGAAACCUGAAGCGGGUGGCGGAGACCUGGAUGGACGAGUUCGCUGAGUACAUUUACCAGCGGCGCCCGGAGUACCGGCACCUGUCACCCGGGGACCUCUCGGCGCAGAAGGAGCUGCGCAGACAGCUCAAGUGCAAGGACUUCAAGUGGUUCAUGGCAGCCGUGGCCUGGGACGUGCCCAAGUACUACCCUCCGGUGGAGCCCCCGCCCGCGGCCUGGGGGGAGCUUCGAAACGUGGCAGCAAACCUCUGCGUGGACAGCAAGCAUGGAGCCACGGGGACCGAGCUAAGGCUGGACAUCUGUGUCAAGGACGGUUCUGAGAGGACCUGGUCUCAUGAGCAGCUCUUCACCUUGGGCUGGAGAGAGGAUAUCCGGCCAGGCGAACCCCUGCACACUCGGAAGUUCUGCUUCGAUGCCGUGUCCCACAGCAGCCCCGUCACUCUCUACGACUGUCACGGCAUGAAGGGGAACCAGCUCUGGGGCCAUCGGAAGGACAGAACGUUGUUCCAUCCUGUGAGUAACAGCUGCAUGGACUGUAACCCCGCAGAGAAGAAGAUCUUCAUGGCCAGAUGCGAUCCUCUCUCAGAGACUCAGCAGAGGGUGUGCGAUCUAAGACUUCAAUUACAUCACGAGACAGACUUCCAGCGUCUCCAUGCCUUCCCUGACUUGUGUCAUUUUCCUUUCACAGCAGAGGUAACUUACUGGUCAUAAAAGUUCAUGCUCCAUAAGCCAGCUGGAGUUCUAAUUCAGUGCCCUUGUAUGAAUCCAGUUGAAAACAAACACGAAUAAAAAACUAUGCUACCAAGUUACUCCAAAGAGAAAUAUUUCAUGGAAGCAGCAAAACCAUGUAAGGUUUAGGAGAGGAAUUUCACUAGGAAAAUCUAUUUUUACUUUUCUAUUAUUUUUUAGAAUUUUCAGAGUCUGAUGUUAGUCCAGUCAUUGUUUUAUUAAGGAAGGACAUGGAGUGAGGCUGAUGUAAUUUGUUGAGGAGAUUCUUAAAUCCAAAUAAAUCUACACUCCA